AUGGAGGGGGAGAGGAAGCAGAAGAAGGAGGGAACCAUUCCCCUCAAGGCGCGUUUAUCAUCAGCAAUGAUGGCCUAUCCCUUCGUCGGGCAAGUCGCCAUGCUGUUCGCCGUGCUCGCGCUGUCCUGCGUCUUGUUUGCUUCCUACGAUCGCACUGGCCCCGGGGUGGCAGAGGAGGAUAUGAUGUUGGCUCUUAACCUGUCGAGCUACUCGUCGAGGUCGGACGGAUACCUCGGGAGGCUGACGUACAGGGCAAGGGAGAGCUUCCAAGAGCUGGAACAGGUCUGGCAGUGGCUCGAUGCCGUCAUCGCACGUCGAGUCAUUGAUGGGGAGCCGACGCAGCAGGGAGCGUUCUUACCCUUCUGGUGGACUUGUUGA